AGCAAAGAUUGUGUACUUAAUGUCAGUUGGUUGAUCAGCGUCAAUAUGUUGAGGCCUGCCAUAAGUUGUUUGAUUUUGUUGCUGCUCAAAAUGCAUGUGACUUUGGCAAAGGAUGAAGUGGACAGUGAUGAAGAGCUGGAUGCAGAGCAGAUUGGUGGCUAUUUCCAGGGCGACAUGUUGAUGACUUCCUGGCAACGCAGUGGCUUGCGUAACGGUUCUUAUCGCUGGCCGAAUGCAACUGUUUAUUAUAAAAUCAACAGCAGCUUGGAUGAGGCACACACUGACUUUAUAAUGAGGGCCAUGUAUUUGAUUGAAAACAGCAGCUGCAUCAAAUUUGAGGAGGCAACAGACAAACAGCCGUACUUUAUAAAUAUUACGAAUGACAAACAUGGCUGCUUCGCCCAUGUCGGCUACCUGGGCAAAGUGCAAGAGUUUAAUAUAGAGUACGCACCGCUGGGCAAGCGCUGUUUUCGCUUGGGCACCAUUGUGCACGAGAUGCUGCAUAGCUUGGGAUUCUAUCAUCAGCAUGCGUCCGCCGGUCGUGAUGCUUACAUACGCAUUAUCGAUAGGAAUAUCAAGAAACACUUGAUGGAUAACUUUAAGAAGCAGAGCAACAAAACGGUGCAUGACUUUGGCAAGGGCUAUGACUUCAACAGCAUUAUGCACUAUCGAAUGGAUGCCUUUAACAAGUUCAAGCACGGCUUGACCAUGAUACCACUGCAGCCGGGUGCCAAGAAUAUGGGACAGCGCAUUGCCAUGUCUGACACCGAUAUAAGCAAAUUGAAUGCCAUGUACAAUUGUACAGUACAGCAAACUGAAAGUACAACUAAUUUGCCAGUGUCUGAUAAGAUCUAA